UCUCUCUCUAACCGUAGAUUGAGAGAGGAUGCUAUCCACAAUCCAAUUCCCCCGCUCUCUCUCCCGCUUCCCUCUCCCCCUCCGCCCUCUCCAAGCCCUUUCCUCCUCCCACCGCUCCGCCACCACCUCCGCCCUCACCGACCAGUCCCCGCCCUCCACUUCCCCCUCCCCCUCCUCCUCCUCCUCCUCCUCUUCCUCCCAGAUCCUCUCCAUCCGCCACUCCCUCCUUUCCCGCGAGCUCACCGCCACCCAGGUCGCCGAGUCCUACCUCUCCCGCCUCCGCCUCGUCGAGCCCCACCUCAACUCCUUCCUCCAUGUCUCCGACUCCGUCCUCCGUGAAGCCCAGGAGAUCGACGACAAGCUCAGCCGGAACGAGGACAUCGGCCCCUUGGCCGGCGUACUCGUUGGCGUCAAGGACAACAUUUGCACGGCCGACAUGCCAUCCACUGGCGGGUCCCGUAUUCUGGAGAAUUACCGGCCGCCCUUCGAUGCAACCGCGGUGAAGAGAGUGAAGGCAUUGGGAGGGAUUGUCGUGGGGAAGACCAAUUUGGAUGAGUUUGGGAUGGGAAGCACCACUGAAGGAUCUGCCUACAAGGUGACUUCGAACCCCUGGGACAUUUCUCGGGUGCCCGGAGGUUCUUCGGGAGGAUCGGCUGCAGCUGUCUCUGCGAGGCAGUGUGCCGUGUCUCUUGGGAGCGAUACAGGUGGCAGCGUAAGACAGCCCGCUUCAUUUUGCGGUGUUGUCGGAUUAAAACCAACCUAUGGACGUGUCUCAAGGUAUGGACUUAUGGCUUAUGCUUCGUCGCUCGAUGUGAUCGGGUGCUUCGGGUCAUCAGUUGCGGAUGCUGGGAUCCUUCUCGGUGCCAUCUCCGGUCAUGAUAGGCUAGACGCAACGAGCAGUGACAGAGGGGCUCCUGAUUUUACUGCUCACUUCCCUCCUGCCGAUGCAUUUGGAGCUAAACCUUUGCAAGGCUUACGAGUCGGUCUUAUCCGUGAGACUCUCGACAGUGGUGUUGACCACGGGGUAACGUCUACGGUACAGCGUGCGGCUUCACACCUGGAAGAACUAGGGUGCACUGUGAAAGAGGUCUCACUGCCAUCGUUCUCACUUGGCUUGCCUGCCUAUUAUAUCCUGGCAUCAUCUGAAUCAUCUUCUAACUUGUCACGCUACGAUGGAGUUAGGUACGGGAGCCAAGCUGCUGCCGAGGAGCUGAACUCUCUAUAUGGGGAUUCCCGAGCCAGAGGAUUUGGUGCCGAGGUCAAGAUGAGGAUUUUGAUGGGAACAUAUGCCCUUUCAGCUGGCUAUUACAACGCAUACUACAAGCGUGCCCAGCAGGUAAGAACAGUCAUUAGGAAAAGCUUUAAGGCGGCAUUAGAUGAGAAUGAUAUCUUGAUUUCGCCAGCUGCUCCAUCUGCUGCUUAUAAAAUUGGUGAAAAGAAGAAUGAUCCAUUGGCUAUGUAUGCUGGGGACAUCAUGACCGUGAAUGUCAAUUUGGCGGGAUUACCUGCACUGGUAUUGCCUUGUGGAUUUGUUGAAGGUGGGCCUGCUGGCCUUCCUGUUGGUCUUCAAAUGAUUGGCGCGGCAUUUGACGAGGAGAAACUGCUGAAGGUGGGCCAUAUAUUUGAGCAGACGUUGCAAGGUCACAGAUUCGUACCUCCACUUUAGCCGAUGAAGUCGCAUGCUAGCUCGAAAAAUAUCCCAAUGGCGUGGAGUUGCUAGGGAUGCUCAAGUCUGAAUAUAGCUUAUGAAGUUUGGGAUUUAGCUGCGAGGAUUAUUAGAUCGUAGGUCGGUCUUGAGUUUGCUUAUGUUAAACUUUGAUUUUCUAUGUCUCCGGAGGUAUCGAUCGGCCAUUGCCGUUCUUUUUGUAUCCUCAAAAGAUAAAUGAUAUUUAGUCGCGCCUUCGUUGA